GCUUCCGUUUUGAGUGUGAAUAGCGUGCGCCCGCGUCUAAAUGUAAUUAUUGUUUAAAAAUUGAAAAUUGUUUGUUAUAAAGGAAGAUUAAAAUUCGAAAUUCGAUAUUGAUGAGUGAGAAAUUAAGAGAACUACGCGAGAGAUCUCAAAAACGAAAAAAGCUUCUAGCACAGACAUUAGGUGUCUCGAGUGUGAGCGAAUUAAGACAUGCGCUGGGUUCAGCUCUAGACGUACCUGUUAAAAAACAAGCUGUGUCUGGAAGCGGAGGUGAAGGAGAUAAACCCACCAGUAAGGACCAACCGGAUGAACUUGUAUACACCGACUCCUCUACAUUUUUGAAGGGCACGCAGUCAUCAAAUCCUCACAAUGACUAUUGUCAGCACUUUGUUGACACAGGUCAGAGGCCACAAAACUAUAUCAGAGAUGUUGGGCUCGCUGACAGGUUUGAGGAAUAUCCGAAAUUACGUGAACUCAUUAAACUGAAAGACGAUUUAAUUGCGGAAACUGCAACACCACCUAUGUAUUUGAAAUGUGAUCUCAAGACUUUUGAUCUAAAAGACAUGGCUAACAAAUUCGAUGUAAUUCUCGUGGAACCUCCUCUGGGCACUGGAUGGAGAUGGGAAGAUGUCUUAGCUCUUGAGCUCCAGCAGAUAGCACAGCCAAGAUCUUUUGUAUUCCUAUGGUGUGGAAGCUCUGAAGGUUUAGAUAUGGGCAGGGAAUGCCUAAAGAAGUGGGGCUUUCGUCGUUGCGAAGACAUCUGCUGGAUCAAAACGAACAUAAAGAAUCCGGGGCAUUCGAAAAACCUCGAGCACAACGCGGUCUUCCAGCGAACCAAGGAGCAUUGUCUGAUGGGCAUCAAAGGCACUGUCCGGAGGUCGGUCGACGGAGACUUCAUACACGCUAACGUGGAUAUCGACCUCAUCAUAUCUGAAGACCCGGAGUUCGGCAGUACAGAGAAGCCUAUUGAGAUAUUUCACAUCAUGGAACAUUUCUGUUUGGGUCGAAGAAGGGUACACCUGUUCGGCAAGGACUCCACGAUCCGUCCGGGCUGGGUGACGAUCGGCCACGAGCUCACCAACUCCAACUUCAACGCGGAGCUGUACUCGUCGUACUUCGCCGAGGGCCGCGAGAGCACCGGCUGCACCGACAGGAUCGAGGCCCUCAGGCCCAAGAGCCCCCCCAACACCAGCAAGGGCACCCGGGCCAGGGGCAGGGGCGGGUUUAGGGGCAGGGGGAGGGGCAGAGGGGCUAUCUAACUAAUCUAGAUUGUGAAUCGAUUAAAACCUAGAGGUUUCACUUGUAAUCUCGCAUGUAAAACUUCCUACUCACACAGACAUUAAGUAAUAGAAUGUUGAGAAAAACAACGGGUUUUAAUAAUGUUUUAUAUACAAUACGAUCACUCCAUCAAUCGUUUAUAUAAAAUAUUGGUUGGUGUUCCGUCCCGUAACAGCUUCUUCUACAAUACAUAUUAGUCGACUAUUAUCAAAGCCGGCAAUCUGACUUUUAGACAAUUAUUGGUAAAUCAGAAAAACGAAUUAUUGACUUUGUAUUCCAUUGGCAGUCACAAAACUCUUCGGAACGACAUCUUAGAUAAAUAACAGGUUAACUAUUAACCUUUAUUUAAUGCAGGUUUUGAACCGUAUUCUUUGAAGGAGACCAUUUUAUUCAAAUCAAUCUGUAUUGACAUAUCAAUAACAUUUUUUUGUCCAAAUGCACAGAUUGCCACCUUUGAUAAUAGACGACUCAUAUACCUAUUUAUAUAAUUAUUAUUAUUUUAUUGUGAAUAAUUUCUUUUUUUUUCUGUGAGUACGUAAUACGACACAAUUUGAUUUAUAUGCAUUAUUAAAUUCUUAUUUAUUUUGUACUGGAUCUGCGACAUAUUAUUGUGUGGAUCGGAAUGCAUCAUUUCCCUGGGAAAUGGUUCCUCGACACGACACUAGCGCCGCCACCUGCCUGUCUUUUAGACGUAUAAUCUGUGCUUUUAGUGCGGCAAAAAACUAAGCUUGCUACGCGAAGCUGCUGUCGCCGCGACGGCAUGCAUAUAAAUUUAAAAUAGUGUGUAAAGGUUCCCCUUUCACAAAAAAAAGAAGAAUUGCUGGAAAUUAAGAAUGGCUGGACUGAUUCUGCAGGCAAUACUCAUCCUCGACCAAAACCCUCGGACGUGGUUGUGGGACGGUUUACGGUUAGUCGUCAGACCUAGGCCAUGUCCUAAUCAAUUAGUAUUUUAAAUCACUAAAUAUAGUUCAAUAAUUGUAACUUUUUUCAUGUCAUAUGUGUCUGUAUUUAAUCUCUAAUGAGAGUUGUCCGAUGAAAUAUUAGGAAUGUUUAAUCUGUAAUGAGAGUUGUCCGGUGAAAUAUUGUGUUUAUUAUUGUGGCAACAUCUUACGUAUUGUUAGUCUGCCUUAUUUAUUGAUUCGAUAAAAAUAAAUCGCGGUUAAUGCUAUGUACCGGAGCACUGACGAACAACCUGAAGUUGACAUCUUGUUUUUUUUUGUGAAUUGAUGCGCAAGUGUAAUAUUGUUAUAAGAGCCUCUUCUACAGAUAUCGGAUUAAUAGAUAUCAGUUACUGGUCAUGUAGGUAUCUAAUUCACAAAUUUACCAACGAUUUCGUUAUGAGAAAAAAUGUGAGGUUACUUGGAUACCAUUUCAAGCAUGACAUUGUAAACAUUAAGUUAAAUUGGACUCUUGAAAAAUUCAGAGGGAAAUAAAAAAAUUAGAAUUUUAUAAAACUCAUCAUACCAUGAAUAUAAUAAUGAUUAAUGUAAGAUAUGAGGAAAUUAAAAUCUGACAAGUUCGGGUGCUGUAGCUACCACCUUUUUGAUACACAAUAAUAUGUAAAAUCAAAUGUUCUUUAAAAGACAUUUAUUUCACAUUUUUAUUGUAUCUGACAUCCGUUUUAUAUUUCAAGACUUAGAAAUUUAUGAAAAUAUUCAUCUAAUGUAAACAUUUACGUAUUAUUUUAAAUAAUAAUGAAAUAAAAAAUAAAUAAUUUAAUAA